AUGGCGCAAAUCAAAGACGAGAAGAUCAGCGACACGUCGUUAAACGGCCCCAACGCACACCACGGUCCCGGUCCCAAUCACAAGCCGAAAGAAGAGUUCCACGGUGGCGGCGGCGGCGGUGGCGGUGGCCGCGGCGGAAGAGGAAACCGCUUCCAACCGUACGGCGGACCCAACAGAGACCGCAAAGGUGGCCCUCCGAGGGACAACAAUAUGCCAAGAGGAGAGUUUCGCAAUGAUAAUAAUCAUGGUGAUAACCAUCAAGAUAAUGAUAUCAUGAAUCGAGGCAAUCGCAAUCAUUCUGAAAGUGGAAGAGGAGGACGACGUGGCGGUGGUGUCGGUGGAGGAGUUUUCAGAGGCGGUCCACCUAAUCGAGGAGAUGAUCGUUUAACUAGAGCUGAUGCCUUAUGGAAUGAACGUUUAAUGCAAAUAAUGGGUCCAACUCAUGAACUUCCGCCAACUGAUACUACAGAAAGAAAGUUCCUUAGCCAAUGUCGUCUUUACAUAGGAAACUUGGUGGAUUGUACUGAAGAAGAAUUGAUAGAAAUGUUUAAACCUUAUGGGGAAGUUUCUGAAAAUUUUUUGAACAAAGAAAAAAUGUUUGCCUUUAUCAGACUGGAUUAUCGUACUAAUGCGGAAAAAGCCAAAAGAGAAUUAGAUGGUCAGACACGCAAAGGACGUAUGUUAAAAAUAAGAUUUGCUCCAAUUGCUGCUGCCAUCAAAGUAAAAAACCUUACUCCAUUUGUAUCCAAUGAACUUCUAGAAUAUGCUUUUUCAAUAUUUGGUGAUAUUGAACGUUGUCAAGUGAUGGUAGAUGAAAGAGGUAAUUCAACUGGUGAAGGAAUCAUUGAAUUCUCACGCAAAAAUGCAGCAAGUAAUGCUUUGAAGCGUUGUUCAGAAGGUUGUUUCUUUUUGACCAGUUCACUUCGCCCCUGUGUAGUUGAAACAUAUGAGUUUGUAGAUAGUUCAGAUGGUCUCCCAGAUAAGUUAUUGCCCAAAAAAACUAUGGAUUUCCAGAAACAAAGAGAUGCUGGUCCAAGAUUUGCCAAUCCAAAUUCUUUUGAACAUGAAUUUGGUACUCGUUGGAAACAGUUAGCUGAAUUAUAUAAAUCUAAAGAAGAGGCAUUAAAACGUGAAAUGAAAUUAGAAGAAGAAAAAUUAGAGGCCCAAAUGGAAUAUGCUCGUUAUGAACACGAGACUGAAAUGCUCCGAGAACAAUUGCGUCAACGAGAAAUGGAUAGAGAAAGACAAAAAAUGGAAUGGGAAAUGAAGGAACGUCAAGCAGAGGAUCAAAGACUUAGGGAAGGAGAUAUUUUCAGGAGACAAAGUGAAGAUUUAAGCAUGAGAAUGCAUCAUCAAGAUGAAGAGAUGAGGAGGCGUCAACAAGACAAUUCAUCAUUCAUGCAGGACCAUAGAGGAGGACCGGGUAAACCCCAAUUUGAUGGACCUCCUAUUCCUGUUGAAGGUAUGUCUGUUCGUGAACUGGAAGCUAUAACUGCACAAGGAGGAAUGGAAUCGACGCCGUUCGUGGAAACUUUUGUACGUGACAAUCAAGGAGUAUUGCCGCCACCAGGCCUUUUCGACGCUGGCCCUAGAGGAGACAGGGGCGGAAGGUGGGGUCAAGACAGACGUAACGGCCAGGAUCGUAGAAGAUUUUAA